AGAAACGAAAUAAAUGGAAAAUAAUAAAAAUUCUCCCCAAAAUUUUUAAUAGAAGCCUUAGAAAGAAUCAAUAAUAAUUUUGACUUUUAAAGUUUUUAUAAGGAUCCAACUAAGUCAGAACACAAUGAUAACGAUAAUGAAUCUGAAUUUUUAAAUAAAAAUAGUCAUGAACCAACUAAUAAUGGAAUUAAGAUAAAAUAAAAGAAAUGGUCAAAAGGAUAAGAUUUUGUAAGUGAAUCAAAGUAAAUAUCAACUUAGAUGAAAUUGUGUAAUGAACAUCCUCCAUUAAUAAAGGUGAAUUAGGUUCAUUAUCAUAAAAUGAGAAGUCUUCUAGAAAAGAUCAAAGAUUAAAAAUUUAAAUGGUCUGAUGAAAUGAAAAUAUUUGUAGAGGAACUUUAAAAGUUUAUUUAAAAUGAUCCAAAAGCAGAAGAACUUAAGCCUAAAAAGAAGAUUAAAAAAUAUAAUGAUUAAAAGGAAUCAUAACAUGAUGAUGAAGAAUCCAUUUAAAGAUCUAAAACUCUCUAAGAUGAAGUUAAAGUUGAAGACAACUCAGCAUAAGAUUUCUUAGAUCAAUUCAAAAUGAAAAUUAAAUAAAUUGAACCUGGAAUUGUAAUGUUUCUUCCAGAAUACUAAAAAAUGGAUCCUUAAUAUAGACAAUAUUACAAAAACUUAGAGAAUAAUUACUUCAAAGAUUUAUAUUAUAAGGUAAGGACCUAAGAAAUAGAGCUAAAUCCAUAAAACAUCUUAAGACUUCUUAGACUUGCAUUUCAGAAUGUGAAUUAUAUGAUUCCUUACAAAGAAGAACAUGAAGCUACUCAGAAAUGA